AUGGAAAAAUCGGAUGAAAUUUCGAGUAAGCGACAAAAAUUAAAUGAAAGUGCGUGCAAUACCAGUGAAGGAAAUUUAAAUAACAAUACAGUGACGUUUCAAAGAAACACAUUAAUAGCGGAGCAGCAAAAUGAUUAUUUGAUAAAUAAGUUAACUGAGAACGAAUCAUCGGAUACAAAUUUAAGAGCAGGAUCAGAAAUUACUAAUAAUUACCAGUCUAAUCCAUACAAACAUGAAGAUAGUGGGAAUAAAUGGGAAGAGAAACAAGAGGAAGAUAAAGAUAAGAACAAUAAAGAAGUGACCGAUAACUUUAAAAUAAGAAAAAUAUUUCCUAAUUGGCAUAUUGUACCGGAAGUGAUAAAUCGCCAAAUAGGUAGCAAUCCAUUAUUCGAAAGACAGUUCUAUAGUUCUUUAUAUGCAGUAAAGCGGUUCGAACUUAUAUAUAAACUUAAUGAAUUCAUACCGGCUUUUAUCAAUAAUGAGAACUUCUUUAUAUCAGAUGCCAAGUGGCUGCCGUGGGAAAAUCUUAUAGCUUUUUCUGAUAUUUAUUAUGUGAUAUAUAUGCUGGAUAUUGAAAGUGGCAUAUCGAUGAAAUUGGCAAUACGCUCUGGAAUCUCGAAAUUGGCUGUGCAUCCUGAAAUACCUCAUGUAAUUUUUUCUGCUGGAACUGACUCAAGAGUGAUAUCCAUUGAUACCCGGGAAAACGAAACAAAAGAGUUAUUUGUAGUAAAGACAAAUUCGUCAAAAAUAUCAUUAUGCAGUAUAGAGUUUAAUCCUUUAAACAGUAAUGAAUUAUGUGUCGCUGGUUUUUCCUACUGUGUCAUGGUAUACGAUCGGCGAAAAGUUUCAAAACCUCUUUAUAAACUAUGGCCUAAUUAUAUAAUAAAUAAUGAUCAUGUAUUUGUAACGUCUGCAACGUAUAAUUAUAACGGAGAAGAAAUUCUCGUUUCGUAUAAUCAUAAGGACUUAUUCCUGUUUGAUAAAUUAACAUUGUCACUUGGAGAUUACGACCAUACGUAUGAGAAUUAUGUGGAUAUGUCACCGUUAUAUAAUGGUUAUUUUUUCGGACCUAAAAGCGAAUAUGUUAUAUCUGGAACCGAUAAUAAUAUAUUUAUUUGGGAAAAAAAUUCAGAAUCUAUCAUAAAAUAUAUGAGAGGAGAUAAAACAUGCGUAACUCACUUGGCGAGUCAUCCGUAUAUUCCCAUGCUUGCGACUUGCGGAUAUGAUAACAACAUUAAACUAUGGAUGCCUUCGAAUAAAAAACUUUCGAGAAUGCAGUCAUUCGGCAAUCAUUUUUUUGCGGAUCCCUUUAUAUUACCAAUGUCCAACUCCAAAUCGAGACGAUGAUGAUGAUAGUACUUAAUUCCAAUAGUUUCUGGUCGGAUAGCUCUAUCGAGAAUAGUCUAUCUGAAUGCGGCGACGUUGAAAGAAUACAGUG